AGCGAGAGGGAGGUGGCGAUCUGGUUAAAUGUUUGACAGCGCCAUCUGUUGGCAAGGAGCUGACACUAUGGUGGCAAUGAAAGCCAGUCGGAUGGACUGGAGAGGACAGAGAAAGGACGAGCUGUUGGCCUGAAACUCGAGCUUUUAUUAUAGUAUUAUUAUCUCUCCUUUAGUUUUAUUCAUUUUGACGAGUCUUGGAAGACUUUCGACGGCUGAGAAACAAAGAAACAACAAAUAUAUACAAUCAAUAAAAAAGAUAACAAUGGCAUCGCCGAACCGUUCGUCCGCCUCGACUUCCUCAAUCUGUCGUAUGAAAUAAGGUGAACUUUAUCCAAGAACUGUCGGCAUAUUUACAGUCAUCUUCUGCUGGCAACCCUAAUAGGAGACCGAGGAUAAGAAUAAGAAAGAAAGCGUCAAGCAGUAACAGCGAACAUUUAAUGGGCUUUGCUUAAUAUUGGCUUCUCUCGUUCUCAGAAAACAAGGUGACGUCAACCACAAAAGCUUCUUUUUCCAUUAUAAUCAUAUUUCUGCAUAAAUACGCAAAAGCAUCGACGUAGACUGGAACAUAUGUGUAUGUACAAUAUAUGUGUGUGUGUACGUAUAUAUAUGUGAUUCUUGUUUUCUGUGCUUGUGUGUAAACACAGUCCUUGCUGCUGUGUGUGUGUGUAGGCAACCACUGACUCGAUCCGCUCAAACAAACAACAUCCACGAAUGGUUCGAAGCAACAUAUGUGCCACACUGAUGUCGUUUAGUCCGACUUGAAGACAGACGGAAGGAAUUUUAAGGUUCAGCUUCCACAAGUAUUGCUUGCUUUAUUUAAAGGCAAGCGGCUGCUGUUCCAUUCAGUUUGAAAAAGAUAGGCUUGGACAGGAUCAUGACAGGACAGGGACCUUCUUACAGGUUUGCCGAUUAUUUUGUCAUCUGUGGAUUAGACGUGGACUCUGGUUUAGAACCUGAUACGCUCUCGGGAGAUAAUCUUCAUUGUGCUCCAUUGAGAAGACCAUACAAAUCCAAAGUUUUAGCACAUUACCCAGAAACUGUGCCAUGGAAUCCAUUCGACAAAGAAGCUGUUGGAAUGCUUUGCCUUCCCAAGGGUUUAUCAUUCCGGACUCAAAGUCAACUGAAAUCUCCUCACUUUCAUUCUUUUAUGAUCACUAAAGAGGAUGGUUCACGAACAUAUGGAGCUGUGUAUGUGUUUUACGAAGAGGUUGAGAAUGAACAGAUAUGUGCUGCAAUGCAAACAUUGCAGGCAAUGCAUCAUGCCGAGUUGAGUAACGACCAGUCACGUACACUUUAUCCUGAACUGGAAUCUGCUUUUGAUCAAAGUCCCAUGACAAUGCGAAAGUCUCGGCCUCGACCACACACCAUCUAUGAUAUAAACAAUGACAAACUUUAUGUCACUAAAGGAAUUGCAUUAAUAUCACAGCUUCCAUUUGUCUCAGCCACCCGCCAAUUUCUCAAACAACUACAUGAUGCUGUGAGUAACCAAAAGGAAAGGAAACUACCUCUGGAAUGUUAUGUCUAUAAUGUUCUGUAUGAAGUACCAUUACCACCACCUGGCCGGAGUAUGAAAUUUUUUGGCACCUCAUUACCAAUCUUUUGUCAAAGACCUGGCAUGAAUGAAUUACCAUUAUUUGACUUUUCUCUCUGGGAAAUCUUUCAAUUAUUGGAUUCUCGAAAUAUUUUGAGGAUAUUCCGCAGUAUCUUACUUGAACAUCAAGUCCUCUUUUAUUCUUCAGAUUACCAGAGACUCAUGUUGGUGGCUGAAGCCCUGUGCACCCUUAUUUUCCCCUUUACAUGGCAGCAUGUUUAUGUUCCAAUCUUACCGGCAUCUCUGUCUCAUUUUCUUGAUGCACCAGUCCCUUUCAUCAUGGGCCUUCAUCAUGGGCAAGAGGAUCGGUCAGAAUUGAAACUUCCUAGUGAGGCUAGUAUGUGUUUUGUGGAUAUUGAUGAGAAUAAUGUGGACAUUCCUGAGGAUUUACCAUUAUUUCCACACCAAAAGGAUAUGAUAUUGGAAUUAUCAUCGAUAUUGUCUCGGUACCGUAGUGAAUUUAGUAAGGACAAUUACACGAGCCAGAGCCUUGAUCGGAAGCUUUUGUAUGGUUCACGGAAGGGAGGGCAACGUAAACAGAGUGCCUCAUCAUUGUUCAGUGACCAACACAGUUGGAACACAUCUCCUGAAAAGAAAUGGGAAAUGCUGCAAAACAACGAAGCAUGGGUUAAGAUAUCAACCUUAGCCAAAAAGGCAGGAGUUUGGGAUUCUUUCGAUGAUCCAUCUGACAACAACCGAAACAAAGACUCUAUGAGUCAAACAUUAACUAAAGAUGUGUCUGUUAUGCCUUCAAAAGAAUUGAUUGAGCACAAAUUUAACAAUGCCGUGCGUGAAGUCUUUCUGAACCGUUUUGUACAUAUGUUCUGUUCUUAUGAAUCAUUUGUCAUUCCAUCUUCACAAAACAUGGAACAAUGGCUGAGCAACCGUGAAAUGAUGCAAAACUUUGACAAAGCUGCAUUCUUGAGUGAUCAGCCAGAAGCUUAUUUACCAUUUCUUUCACCAUUUAUAGAAACUCAAAUGUUCACAACACUUAUUGAUAAUAAAAUUCUUUCCCAAUGGGAAAGUCCAGAUCCUUAUUUGAAGGUUUUUGACAAUCGUGUGAAAGUAUUUAAAGAGAAAUCUGGUGAAGCACAUACACCCACCUAUUAUCCUUGUGAGACUAUUCAAAGUUCUGAACCGUAUCUUGAGAAAAGGGCUUCUUUCAUUGAUUUAGCUGCACAAAAACCUCAUUUACCUGAUGAGCAACUACUUCAGUCGUUAAGUAAACAAAAAGAUGGAUUUCAUACGCUCACUUAUGGCAUCAAUGGUAGAUUCCCUCAACUUCAAGAAAAUCUUUUAAAUACUGAACCCAAAAAUCAAAAGACCCGCAUGCAAGAAGCUGCCAAGUGGAGACGGAAAGAUCGACAUUUGCAACAUUCUGAGCACAUACAACUGACCCCUGAACAAAGGGAGUAUGCACUUGCUGAGAAACAUGUUAAAAUUUGGCUUAAAUGUAUGCAAGAAGCUCAUUCGAUAAUCAUUCGAAAUCCCAAGCUCUCGGAUAUGUCAAAGUCUGCAAUGGCACAAAGAAACUGGCAAUUUGUGGAAACUUUAUUGAAAGAAUGUCGAACUAAGACAAAACGAAUGUUGGUUGAAAAAAUGGGUCAAGAAGCAGUAGAACUGGGUCAUGGAGAAGUAAACAUCACAGGAGUGGAAGAAAAUACUCUUAUUGCUAGUCUCUGUGACCUUCUGGAGAGAAUCUGGAGUCAUGGAUUAUUGACAAAGAAGGGUAAAUCAGCAUUUUGGUCACAUAUGCUGAGUUUCCUUGAAUUAGAGACAAUAAUUGAUGCAGGAAAACCCAUUGAUCCUAAACUUUUGACUCCAGCGGCCACUGCUGGCAGCCUACAGGUGGCAGCUACUCAAAUGGUAACAUUGGUACCGGGUCUGCUUCAAAAUUCCACGAACCUUAUGAACUAUCUGACACCACCUGUUGCUGACUUUCAUGCCGGAAAUGCAGUUAGUGCUGAAGGUGAGAAAGAAAAGCCUGCAGCCCCAACUCAUCGUCGUUCAAGAAGUAAAGGUGGCACAGAGCUACCUGUGUUGAAACCACUUCCAAAAUCUUUAACAUUUGAUGUGAAGAAAGUAAAACAAAUGACUGAUAUAAAAACCGACGUAGGAUUUGCCAGGGCAUUUGUGCGUCUGGCACUGGAAAAAAAGACAUUAUCAGCACACUUGAAGGAGUUACUAUCAGAUGCCAAGCUUUUGCAGAGCUUAUAUAAGCGUUAUGCCUUUAUGCGUUGUGAAGAAGAACGCGAGCAGUUCCUCUACCAUCUUCUUUCUCUCAAUGCUGUUGAUUAUUUCUGCUUCACAAACACCUUCACCAACACCAUUGUUCCUUACAAAGUAUUAAUUUACCCAAGUACCAAGUUUGGCUGCUUCACAACCAGUGCAAACCCUUGGAUCAGUUUAGCUGGACAAAUUGGAGAAACAGGAGUUAUAGAAAUUCCAAAAGGAUGCCUGGAAUAUACAUCUGAGCACAAAAACCUUGGCAUUUUGACCACUCUUCGAAUUGGACAUGAUAACAGUGGGAUGAGCCCCAAAUGGCUGGUCGAGUAUGUGUUGGUUCGCAAUGAAAUCACUGGACAUCUCUUCAAGUUUCCAUGCGGAAAAUGGUUGGGUCGUGUAGAUGAUGGAAGCACCGAACGUUUACUUGUUGGAGAAUUAGUACACAGCACCACAGAAAAUGAAGCAGAUAUGGGAUCUUUAUCAAGGACACCCCCUCGAUGUAUGUCACCAGCUCCCACGGGUUCACCUCGACACAAAUUAUUAGAGCACAGUUUAACCAUUCCAGAGAUCCAAGAGACGUUAGGUCAUGCUGUGAACAACAUAGUCAAACAUUAUCACAAACCGGAGAAAGAGCGUGGUAACAUCACCUAUUUACUGUGUGGUGAAAAUGGAUUGGUACAAUGCAUUGAGUGUGUCUUCAAAUGUGGCUUCAAAUCUGCACGUCUUUUCAGACAUAAAUUCUUUGCAUGGGACUAUCUAGAAAGAGUGAAAUGUUGCUUUGAGACAUUUCUGGACUGUCCUGAGAGUUUACCACCUGCCGCUACAACCGAGCAAGCCAGAGCUGGUUACUUAAAUUUUUGUAAACUUAUUAAACAGAUUAAUGACACGUCAUCAGAAUCCAUUGGCAAGGAUGGCCGCUUCCAAUUGUUCAUCUGCUUUGGAAUCAGAGACCGUCUGCUACAACAAUGGCUUCCAUUAAUGGCCAACACAACAGUGACAACACAAAUGUAUGAAGAAAACUCUUUCCUAAGAAAUGUAACAGCUAUGAGCUUUCUGGUGCAUAUUCUGGACACUUUAGUUGACUAUAAUGUCUCUUUAGAAUCUUCAGUAACUCGUGGUUUAGACAUUUGAUCAAGUUAAGACCAGUGAGUGGACAUGAAGACAACCUAAUCACCAAAAAAAGAAAAGCUACAGACAAGUGGUUUGGUCAACUUUUUUAUCUUUUUGACUCUCAGAGUUUAAAAAGAGAUCCUCUUACCAUCACACCAGGCACUACUGAUAUUUUGAGGGCAUUUUUUCCCUUCUAUUUUUAAUCUUUCUUAAAUUCAGUUAUACGUAGAAUUGAUAAUGUCUGGCCACUAUUACACACUUAGUCUUCCGAUCUCAAUUAUUCUUCUUUAAUAUCAGUUUGUCUGUGAUGAAAGCAUUACAAAGAAUUGGCUGCAAUGUCUAUAACAUGUUGGACCCUAAAGAGCAACACUUGCUUCACAUGGACCUGUGCAACCUUGCAAAGAAAACGAAAAACACUGAUUGACAUUGAUCACUUCUUUCAUUUUGCUGGGUCAGCAAUAACCUGUUACCAUUUCCUUAAAAUGAAGGAAAUGGUUUCUAUAACAGAUUAUUUUUUUAACAGUAUUCUCUGGUUAGAGUGCUGAAGACUUUGACUCGUGUUUUCAGAGGGUUGAAGUGAAAAGAGUGAUGCAUAAAAGGAUUUGUUGAUCUCAGGAUUUGAGUGUAGAUAUUGUCCUUUAAAUCACAGCUUCACUAAGGGCUGACUUGGUUUCUGCAUAUUUCUUUCUUCAGCUCCCCACCAUUUGAAAUGUAACUGUAUUAGAUUAUUCAAAAAUCCACAUCUUAAGCACAAUCCAUUGCAAUUUCUUCUUUCACCCAUUCCCGAGUUUCUUCUGUUAAAAAAAAAAAAUAUUUUCUCCCCUUCCUUAUCUUAGAGUUGAUUAAAUUUAAAAGCAAAAAAAUGCUGUGUAUUUUCUUCCCCAGAAAUAUUCACUUCAUGUCACUUGUUUACAUAAUUAGCAGUAUGUAUUAAUUAUUGCAACGUCAUUCUGAAAGUAAUGUUUAAUUUAUUGGAGCUUAGUUGUUGUAAGUGCAGCUACAACUCAAGGAAUAAUUUUUAUUUUUUGUCUUCUGUAUGUAAUUCUUAAUUGACAAAGAUUAUUGCUGCUCCUGGUUAUUUCAUUCUGCUGACUUUCAUUUUGUUUGUCUUAAAAAGCAUCAACUGAUGCCAGGCAGGUCAAGAUGUUUGUAGUAGCCAUCUGGGUUAUAAAGAAAUUGUUUUACUGCAACAUAAAUUGUCAGUAGGACAUUCGAUGGUAAUACAGAUGUAAGAAACCUUUUGGUUCUGAUUUUAGUGAUGAAAACCAUCAGACCUUUGUAUUUCAAGUUAAACAUAACUCACCUGUUCAAACCUUAACAGUAUUUUCAGUCACUAAAUGGUUGUUAGCAUUACCAUAAUCCUUUGCCACUCCUCCCCCUCUACACCAAUUAACAAAAAAAUUAACUCUGUAAGAUUAUAUACAAAAUUAUAAUCUGUUGACACUGUGAUAUACCUCUAGUCUGGCUCGUUCCUUUUACCUGAUAGAGUAACAUCUUAGUUCCUGGCAGCCUGAUUCUACACUGUCUAGAUGACACUGAAACAAAUCUUAGUUCAAGCAUUUGUGCAAAUGUGUAGAGAUGGAAGGGGGUAGAGAGUUUUGCAAUUGGGGAGGGGGGACAAAGAUUUGGGUUUUUGUGAUUUCCCCCACCUUUAUCUGCCACACUUUUUUUUUUUGGCCCCCACACAUUUGUAUUUGAAAAAAAAAAAAAGCAUGUAAAUUUUUUCUUGUCUGUCAUCUUACACCCACCAACACCCUGCCUGUGAAAUAUUUUCAAAUGCUGGGUUAUUUUCAUUAUUUUAACCCUCUUUCCUACACAUUUCAACACUCAUACAUACACCAUUUGAAAUGGUAGGAAAGAAAGCAAAUCAAAAUUUUCCUCCGUGUGUUAUUCUCUGCUGAAAAUUAAAUGUACAUAAGUGAUAUUUGUUAUAAAUAAACUUAGAAUCCUCAUGUUUUAACCACCUACAAGUCUACAGAGCAUUUCAACCAAUACCAUGAAAAUAAAGUUGUCUAAUAGAU